UACGGUUUAUCGCAAUGCAUCUUGGUCUUGUGUCGGUAUUUUGCCUUGCUGUUAUGUUUACAAAUAUGUACAUAAAAUUCAUUAGGUUGUGACUUCUCGUUAACGAUUUAAUAAUUGUAUUUUAAACUCUGUUUUAUCUUAAGUUAACCUAUAAUAUUUUUAAUAAUUUUUAAUUGACUCUGAAGUUAAAGUUUAGCUAAUAACGUUUAUUAGCUCAGUUACAAAUAUGAUUCCCUGUGAAACAAGUUAAGAUAUUUUUACCUAUUAUGACUGCAGCUCUAGAAGAAUCUUCAAAUAAGCCUGAUGAAAACGUUAAACCUCCUGAAAUGCGAAGACAGCCUAUCAUACAUCCAUCUUCUGAUGCACCACUCUGCAAAAGCUGUCACCAACUGGAUCUUCCAUUUUUCGACCCCAGCUGUCCUGGUUGCAUUCUGAUACUCCAAGAUUCUGAAACAACCAUUCCUCAGAUAUUUGCUAUUGUUAGACAAUGGAUGCCACAAACUCAACAAAAUAUUGAAGUUUUGGUCAAUGAAGUACUAAAAAGGGGUGCUAAUGUAAAUGACAGAGAUGGCCUUACAGAUAUGACAUUACUUCAUUAUGCUUGCAAAGCUGGUGCAAAUGGUGUAGGAAAUGCAAAAACUGCAACUCGAACUGUUGGACUGCUUUUAGACAAAGGUGCUGAUAUAUAUUUGCGAUGCCGUUGGACUGACAUGGCUGCAAUACAUUAUGCUGCUUAUUUUGAUGUUGCCCCUGUCGUAGAAUUGCUUCUAAAAGCAAGCAAAGGAUUAGAUAUUAAUACUCCAUGUAGAGAAUUUGAAGGUGGCUCUCCUCUGCAUAUAGCAGCUACCAAUUUAUGUACAGAGGCAGUAAAAUUACUGUUGGAGCAUAAUGCUGAUGUUACUAUGAAAGAUAAUUCAGGAAAGACACCAUUAGAAUGCAUUCCUGAUUUUCCUUCAACUCAGCAUACUCCUGACCUCAGGGAAGUGAUCAGCUCUCUGAGGCAACUUCUUGAAUCUGCUACACCCCAGCACCUUGUUCAAGAUCAACCUCAAUAUGGCAGCAUAGGAGGCAAGGCAGUUCUCAAAUCCAUGGGUAUCCAAAUCGGGGAUAAAGUCAUUGUUGGAGGAGCAAAGGUUGGAAUUUUGCGAUACUGUGGUGCUACUCAAUUUGCCUCUGGAAUAUGGGCUGGAGUAGAACUAGAAGAACCAUUAGGAAAAAAUGAUGGAACCUUAAAAGGAAUUUCCUAUUUCAAGUGCCCACAAAAUCAUGGAAUUUUUGCUCCUAUCAAUAAAAUUUCCAAGUAUGAUGCAUAUCAAAAUAGGAAUAAGUCUCCCUCAAUUUAUCGAAAUUCUCCUCCUAGAAGCAUAUCAUUUUCUAAAAUCAAUGUCUCCCAUGUAACUUCCAAAAUUGAAACAGGUUUAUCCAGUAUUAGAAAUCGCCAAAAUUCUCUAGAGCCUGAAUUUGCUGUUGGUGACAGAAUAUUGGUGUCUGGUCAUCGAAAAGGUACUAUUCGGUUUGCUGGAGAAACGGAGUUUGCUACAGGCUUUUGGUAUGGAAUUGAGCUUGACAAGCCCCAAGGAAAGAAUGAUGGUUCAAUUAAUGAUGUUCAAUAUUUUUCCUGCACACCUGGUUUUGGGCUUUUUGCACCUCCUCAUCGUGUGUCUAGGUUAUUUAAAAAUUCAGAAGAUGAUUCAUCUGAUCAAGAUUCUGCAGAUUUAAGCAUGAGUAAAAGUUCUACAGAUGGGGAAAAUGGAAUUUUAAGUCCUAGUUCUCCUCGUUCGUUGCUUUUCAGUCAAAAAUCUAUGAGGAAAAGUACCAGAUUUACACCUCAGCUAUCAAGUCCUGUUAAUUCAAAGAAAAACUGUUGGUUAACUGUUGGGAUCAAUGUCUUUGUCAAUAAUGAAAUUGGAGUUGUCCGUUAUAUUGGUCCCGUAGACUUUGCUGAAGGUACCUGGCUAGGCAUAGAGCUUAGAUCCCCAAAAGGAAAGAAUGAUGGCACUGUUCAAGGCAAAAGUUAUUUUAUUUGUCGCCCUGGUUACGGCCUAUUAGUGAGACCCAACAGAGUGACCGUACGAGGAAUAAAUGGUGCAAGAUUGUUGGAAGAACCAUCUUCAUAGUUGAUGUUUUUGCUUAUAUUUUAUUUGUUAAACCUUGUUGUUUGUUUUAAUUUGAUUUUUCAAGUUAAAAUUUUAUGGUGUUUUACCACAUUUUUUGACACAUUUCACUUUUGAAAUUGUUGAUGCACUUUAAUGAAUAUAGUUUUAAAAAUUGACCAUUUUUCUACGAAAUUCAUUUUUAUUGUUAGAGAAAAGCUUGAUCAAAUGAAUUAUUUCUAUAACCUUAUAAUUCUUUUUAAUUUUGCAUUUUAUUUUGAAUGAACUAUUAUGACUGUAAUAUUGUCAUCUAUAUAAAUCUUAAAAUCUGUCUUUUCAAAAUUUUAAAAUUAAUCUUACUUAGUUUUUUCAGCAAAAAAAAUCAGCAUUCUAAAAUUUCUUUUAUUAAAAUAUAUGUUUAGUACUAAUAUUACUACACAAAUGCCCCCUUUAAACUAUUUUAAUUUCAGAUUUCUAAUUUUUUAUUUCAUUUUACUAAUUAUACAAAUUAAAUUGGUUGCACUGAACUUUGGUGUUUUUAAUCUUUUCUAUUUCUUUCCAUUUGCUAAGUAUUUUAUAUUAUUCAAAGGAAAUGUAGGAAUAAAUUCGAAAUGUAUUCAAAAAUUUUUACUUUACCCUUUUUACAAGGAAUUUUAUACCUAAGUGAUCAAAUUUAAUGAUCAAAAACUCAAUUUAUAAUUUUUGUAUCAAAAUUUUUCAUUCCAUAUAUCCUAUGUGUGUAUUAUUUAUAUGUUUUAUAUUGAUGUAAUUAGUCAUAUUUGGUUGCUACUUUUUUCUGUAUUCUUUCUGUGAUAUUCAAAGUAUUUUUUGCGUCCUACCCUGUAAAACAAAAAGACAUGUACAUGAUUUUUAUUUCUUUUUCUUUGUAUAUAAGUAUUAAACUGUGUAUAUUUUGAAGCUGUAA